AUGGACUUAAAUAAUGCAAAUAAUUUGAAGGAAUCCUUGGACAAAAAUUAUGGAAAAAAUGAUGGGAAUGAUAGUUUAAUGCAUAAAGACAAUAAUAUUAACGAAGAUAAAAUGCUUGAGCAGUCAGAAAAAAUUGACAAUAUUGACGAUAAGAAAACAAAAAAUAAUAUAGAAACAUCAAAUAUAUGUUAUGGUGAUUCAGCAAAUAGCUCGUUUGAUACUUCGAAACGAAUUGGAGAUUUAAUUAUGGGAAAGGGAUUAAAUAAUUCUUUACAAUUAAAAAUGGAAUGUACAAAUAAAAUUGACAAACCAUUCAAGGAAAAAGUUCAAAAUCCAAAGAUUGAUGAAAUAGAAGCUUGUCAUAGCAAUGCGUUUAUGAAAACAGAGAUAAUAAGAGCACAAAGCAAUAACAUUUAUAAUAACAGAAAUGAAAAAAAUUCUUUAAAAAAAAACGUAGUAAGUUUUGAUGAUGCAAAUAAGAAAAAAUAUAAUGAAAAAAGGAUAGGAAUGCCAAAUAUAAAUCCAAAAAAUGAGAAAAAUGAUGAGGAAAAAGAGGAGGAAAAUGAUGGGGAAACAGAACAAACAGGUGUAUUGGGCUCAUUCAGGAAUAUUAAUAAUCAGGAUGGAAUUAAAAAUAAAAGUUGUACUUAUUUUAAAAAUAAAGAAAAUGAUAAUUUGAGUCAUAAUAAUAGAAGUACAUCUGAACAUGAAAAUAAAAUAGAGGAAGUUGAACCCAAAGCUAAUCGUCCAAAAAAAAUAAAAAAUAUAAACGAUUUUUUAACAGAAAAAAAGAAUACACAAAAAAUUACAGUUUUUGUUGGCGAAAAAAUUCAAAAAGUAAAGGCUGAUUUUAAAUAUGGUGAAGAUGCACCACAAAAUUUUAAUCAGAAAACAGUUUAUGAAUCGGUAAAUAUUAUAAAAAAUUGUAAUGAUGAUUCAAAAGGAAAUGAAAAAAGAGUUAUUGAAAAGAAACAAGAAAAAACAGUUUUUGUUGCCCAACGAUGUGAAAAAAGUAAUGCAGAUGCAAGGGCUGGUGAAGCAUUAAUAAAAAAGGUUCCUGAAAAAACAGUUUUUGAAUCACAAAGGUGUGAAAAAAGUAACGCAGAUGCAAGGGCUGGUGAAGUAUUAAUAAAAAAGGUUCCUGAAAAAACAGUUUUUGAAUCACAAAGGUGUGAAAAAAGUAACGCAGAUGCAAGGGCUGGUGAAGUAUUAAUAAAAAAGGUUCCUGAAAAAACAGUUUUUGAAUCACAAAGGUGUGAAAAAAGUAACGCAGAUGCAAGGGCUGGUGAAGUAUUAAUAAAAAAGGUUCCUGAAAAAACUGUGUUUGAAUCACAAAGGUGUGAAAAAAGUAACGCAGAUGCAAGGGCUGGUGAAGUAUUAAUAAAAAAGGUUCCUGAAAAAACAGUGUUUGAAUCACAAAGGUGUGAAAAAAGUAACGCAGAUGCAAGGGCUGGUGAAGUAUUAAUAAAAAAGGUUCCUGAAAAAACAGUUUUUGAAUCACAAAGAUGUGAAACAAGUAAUGCAGAUGCGAGAACUGUUGAUAAAUUGAAAGAAAUAAGCUCUGAAAAUGUCAUAUAUGAAUCUCAAAAAUGUAAUGAAAUAAUAACAGAUUUUAGAGCCUCUGACAAAAUAAAAGAAGUUAUGAAAAGGAAUAUGCUUGAUGAAUGUCACAACAUUUGA